AUGAGCCUGCCGCGAGCCGCCGAGUGGGCCGAGGGCGGCCGGGAAGCGGCGGUGGCGGCGGAGCCGCUGCUGGGGCUGGGACCGGCUCUGGAGGCGCCCGGCUGCGGCUUCGCCCCCGGCUGGCUGGGCGUGUGCUGCGCCGCGCGCGUGGCUGCCUCGCCGCGCUGCCUGCGGGAGGAGGAGGAGGACGAGGCGGCGGCGGGGCGGCCGCGGGCGGCAGCGGCAGCAGGGCAGGAGGGGAGCAGCCCCGGCGGGGCGCGGGGGGCGGCGGGCGGCGGGCGGCCGCGGGGCGGUGGUGGCGGCGGUGCCGGUGUCCGUCCGCAGGUGAGCGGCGUGCAGAAGCAGCGGCGGCUGGCGGCCAACGCGCGGGAGCGGCGGCGGAUGCACGGGCUGAACCACGCCUUCGACCAGCUGCGCAAUGUCAUCCCCUCCUUCAACAACGACAAGAAGCUCUCCAAGUACGAGACGCUGCAGAUGGCGCAGAUCUACAUCAGCGCCCUGGCCGAGCUGCUGCACGGCCCCACAGCCGCCGCCGCCGCCACAGCCACCGCCACCGAGCCGCCGCCGGGCAAGGCGGAGCCCCGCGGGGCCCCCUUCGAGCCGCCCUGCGCCGCGGACGGGGCCGCGCUGCCGGGGCCGCCGCCGUCCGGGCCGCCCCCCCACGGGCACGGCCACGGGCACGGGCACGGCAGGACUCGCUUCCCCCCGCCGCCGGCCGCGGGGGGCUUCCCGGUGCCGCUCGACCCGCUGCGUUUCCCGUCCUUCCCGGAGAGCGCCCUGCUGGGACCCAAAGCGCCGUCCCCAGCGCUCCUCGUGCCGCAGCCCGGCCACCACCAGCAGCACCACCAGCAGCACCAGCAGCAGCAGGAGAGGAGCAAGGCGUCGCCGCGCUCCCACCGGAGCGACGGAGAGUUCUCGCCCCGCUCGCACUACAGUGACUCGGACGAGGCCAGCUAG